AUGAAUCUUGUGCUAGCUGAUUGUGAAGAAUUUAGAAAGAUCAAACCGAAAAGUGGGUCAAAAGUACCUCAGGGUCAACCUGAGCAAGAGGAAAAAAGAACAUUAGGUUUAGUUAUUUUAAGGGGUGAAACUAUUGUUAGCUUAAGCGUAGAAGGUCCUCCACCGCCAAGUGCUGACGAUUCAAAAACAAAAUUAGCCCAGCUUCCAGGUGGUCCAGGUAUAGGUCGUCCAGCUGGUAGAGGAUUACCCGGUGCCCCGCAAGGUGUUGCACCAGCAGGUCUCACUGGACCCGUUCGUGGUGUAGGUGGUCCAGCUCCCGGAAUGAUGCAACCUAGAGGUGGAGCUCCCGCUGCUGCUGCUGCUCCCAUAUCAUAUGGUCGUCCAAUGAUUCCUGGUCAAGUACCUCCAGGGAUGACUCCUAGACCAGGAAUGCCCCCAGUUAUGGGAGGUGUACCCCCAGGUUUUAGAGGCGGAAUGGGUCCACCACCUGGAAUGCCACCUGUAAUGGGUGCAAUGCCACCAGGUUUUAGGGGAGGUGCUCCGCCACCAGGAAUAAGGCCACCACCAAUGGGAAUGCCCGGUGGGCCUCCUCCAUUUCCAUCCGGAGGGCGUGGUAUACCUCCAAAUUUCCCCGUCCCUGGUCAAGCACCACCUCAAGGUUUUAGACCUCCUCCACAAAUGCGUCCACCACCUGGCCCAGGUCAAGGCCGUGAUCUCACAAGAGAGUAG